AAAAAGCUUAACAGCUCAACAGCUUUGAACAAGUUGGGGAUUGCGGUGCGAGGUAGCAUCUCUCAGGGAACUGGGCAGGCAUUGCCUAUCGGGAUCAAAGACAUCGAAUGAGCAUCUGCCAUACCUCGAAAAUGUUUGCGACACACAAAACGUUGGCCGCUGGCUCUUCUUCUCUAUCCCGAGAGAAGUGUCAAGAAUUUAGUGGUCUAGGCUCGGCACGUCGGUGCCAAGCCCUGGCUUAUCCCGACAUCGAAAGCUUCAUUUGACAUUCGAUCAAUCACCACAAGACAACCUUACAAGAUGAGUUUUGGAGGGCCAGGAGGUCUGCAGGCCAAUUCGAAACCUUCUCCACCUGAACGUGGAAGUUUUCCGCUCGAUCAUGAUGGAGAGUGCAAGAAUGUCAUGAUGAAUUAUCUAUCAUGCAUGAAAAAAGUCAAGGGGAUGAACGACCCCGAUUGUAGGCUCUUGGCCAAAUCAUACCUGGGAUGUCGAAUGGAUAGGAAUCUCAUGGCGAAGGACGAGUUCAAGAACCUAGGAUUUGAUGAGGGUAAAGGUUCUACCAUCGAUGCGAAGAAAGUUGACGGAGGACAAGAGCAAGGGAAGAAGGGCGAAUUGAGAUGGUGACAAGCGCUCAAUGGCACUGCACACGGGUAUGUCAAAAAUAUAAUCUGAUGUAUUAUACAUGGCGUUGAGGAUGGGUGCAUCUUAUAUUGGAGUCGGGGACA